AUGCCAACUGGGCGUCUAGCCAAAUGGCAGAUGAUUCUUGCGGAAUUUGAUAUUGUUUUUACUUCGCAAAAGGCCGUCAAGGGACAAGCUAUAGCUGAUUAUUUGGCAGAAAAUCCGAACGAUGAUGACUAUCAACCGCUCCAUACUUAUUUCCCCGAUGAGAAGGUUUUACUUGUUGGUGCCGCAGAAGAUAUGAGCGAACCGUACCCUGAAUGGAGGUUAUUUUUUGAUGGUGCCGCUAAUUCUUUCGGAGCUGGAAUCGGAGCAGUGCUUGUAUCUCCAGAAGGGAAGCAUUAUCCCGGAGCUGCUAAAUUGCAAUUUGCCUGCACAAACAAUAUGGCUGAGUAUGAAGCCUGUAUUUUUUGUCUUAAAAUGGCUUUGGAAAUGGAAGUUAAAGAGUUGAUAGCCUUCAGUGAUUCAGAUUUACUUGUGCACCAAACGUUGAAGCAAUGGAUAACCAAAGAUUCCAAGAUCUUGCCAUACCAUUGUAAUUUGCUCACUCUAGCUAGACAAUUUCAAAGUUUGGAAUUCAGACAUCUUCCACGAGCCCGAAAUGUAUUUGUCGAUGCUUUGGCCACCUUAUCUUCUAUGAUACAAUAUCCGGACGAACUAGGAAUCAAGCCUAUCCGGAUCCAACUCCAGGACAAGCCUGCUCAUUGUUGGGUCGUAGACAAAACAUCUGGCAAUAGCCCUUGGUACAAUGAUAUUAAAGAGUUCAUCAAAACCGGGUCUUACCCUCCAGAAGCUAGUGCAAAUGACAAGGGUUUCUUGCGCAGAAUGGCCUCGAAGUUUUUCUUAAAUGGAGAGAAAAUCAUGAGAACCGGGUAUUUUUGGCUUACCAUGGAGCGCGAUUGCAUAGACUUUGUCCGGAAAUGUAUUAAAUGUCAAGUGCAUGGCGAUGUUAUACGUGCUCCUCCCACCGAGUUACAUAGCAUGAUUGCUCCAUGGCCCUGCUCAAUGUGGGGUACGGACGUGAUUGGCACAAUUGACCCUCCUGCUUCAAAUGGGCAUCGAUUUAUAUUGGUGGCAAUUGAGUACUUCACCAAAUGGGUCGAAGCGGAAUCAUUCAAACAUGUGACAAAGAAAGUGGUGGCAAAUUUCUCAAGAGAUCACAUCAUAUGCCGAUUUGGAGUGCCAGAAACAUUGAUUACAGACAAUGCCAAGCAUCUCAACAAUGACAUGGUGGACAGGCUAUGCGAGCAAUUCAAAAUCAGACAUCGUAACUCUGCCAUCUAUAGACCGCAGAUGAAUGGAGCCGUGAAAGCCGCAAACAAGAAUUUGAAGAAGAUCAUCCGUAAAAUGACUGAAAGGCACCGUGAUUGGCAUGAAAAGCUUCCUUAUGCACUAAUGGCAUACCGGACUGCUAUUCGAACUUCAACUGGGGCAACUCCCUACUCGCUCAUGUAUGGAAUAGAAGCUGUGCUACCUGCUGAGGUCGAAAUCCCUUCAUUGCGUAUUCUAAUGGAAACCAAGUUGGAAGAGGCUGAUUGGUUAAAGCAACAUUAUGAACAAUUGACCUUGAUUGAUGAAAAAUGA